AUGGCGCAUCUGACACGGCGCGCGCUGCUCGUCCUUUGCUUGGCUUUUCCGUGCCACGGAGCUGAGAGAGUCAAACACCGAGGGAUCCGACAGAAGGACACCGAAUACUCGGAGAAAUACGGCAACUGCUUGCAGGGUCCGCAAGGCAUCCCGGGCCGAGAAGGAAACCCGGGAGUGAACGGAAUUCCGGGAACGCCUGGAGUCCCAGGGCGAGACGGUGCCAAGGGAGAGAAGGGCGAGUGUGUGAGCGAGAGGUUCGAGGAGCCGUGGACGCCCAACUACAAGCAGUGCGCUUGGAACUCGCUCAACUACGGCAUCGACCUGGGCAAAAUCACAGAGUGUACCUUCACUAAGCUGCGCUCAGACAGCUCCCUGCGCGUCCUCUUCAGCGGCUCGCUCCGGCUCAAGUGUAAGACGGCCUGCUGCCAGCGCUGGUACUUCACCUUUAACGGAGCCGAAUGUUCCGGCCCACUGCCCAUCGAGUCCAUCGUUUACCUGGACCAGGGCAGCCCCGAGUUCAACUCCACCAUCAACAUCCACCGCACCACGUCAGUGGAAGGUCUGUGCGAGGGCAUCCGAGCCGGCCCCGUGGACGUGGGCGUCUGGGUGGGCACGUGCGGUGACUACCCACACGGCGACGCCUCCACCGGCUGGAACUCCGUCUCCAGGGUGAUCAUCGAGGAGCUGCCUAAAUGACCUCCGAUCUCAAAAACACCCCGUGGACGGAUACCUUAAGUGAAACUGAGACAUUAGUGUGUUAUAGAAAAUAAAUUUGACGUUUGAAGCUGAACAAGUACUGUAGAAACAUCAGGAAUGUGUUUUUUUGCCUGUCUUUUACAUAUUUGAUGCCAUUUUUUAAUUCUCGUAGAAGAACGUCCCAUCUCCGAGUGUAUACGUACCUCUCUGAUUUUUAUUAUUAGCAUCUCAGUAACUCAUGGUAAUAAAGAUGUUGAGAUUUUUUUUUUUUUUUUAAACAAGACUUUCAAUAAAUAAUGAAUAUAAAUUAGAUGCACUUCACACCACUGUGCGUCUUUCUCUCCAAACAUCACGUCCUAUUAUUCCUUUACUUGUCUUCCUGAAAAAUAACGUAAAUGAUUUCUAGUUUUUUUUUUUUUUAAGGACGUGAAGCAGGAAAGGAACAGUUUAGGGCAAAAAUCAAACGCGAAACCUUUAAAAACAGCCCAUCGGAGAAGACGUUCUUGGCAGCCUGGUGUUUGCUUCUUUAGUUUUGCACUGGAGCGAUGAACUCGACGUCGUUAUCUGGGAAAAUUUUUUUUACGUGCUUCAAAUUGAAAACUUUUCAAAUUUUCUGUAUCCACACGAGUCCAAAGCAGAACUACGUGGCUGCGUACGCAUCGUGAUCCGUGCAGAAUGACGCCAAGGUAAGGUUAGAAUAUAAAUAUAACAACACACGCACCCCGUCCAGCUUUUCCCCUAUAAUUCCACAUUCAACCUCUCGGAGCCAAGGAGGCAUGGUUACAGGAACAGCACGUUAGUUCAUACAUGAAGGUACUGUAAGACCCACUGUAUCGUAAACUGUAUAUUUUGGACAUCGUCGAUGUGGAUGUGGUUUGAGGUCGCUGUGUCUGUGAGGAAAAACCCAUCCGCCCCUGAAGGAAUCCUGACCAAUCAGGUAUCACUCCUUCAGCAAGUUUGAUCCACCCUCCCGACUCGAGCAGAGAGAUUAAUCAGCCCAUUCCAGCAGAUCGUUUGAUCGAUCCCAUCCACAGCAGCAGGAAGUUGAAUUGAUCUCACCCACUGUAGCAGAAAGUCUGACCGGUCCCGCCCACUCCGCUAGAAUGUUCCACCAACCCUGCCCACUUUAGCAGAAAGUUUGAUUAAUCCCACCCCCUCCAGCAGGACGUUUCCGCCCACUCCAGCAGAAAGUAUGACCAAUCCUGCCCACUCUUGCACUUAAUAAUAAUAAUAAUAAUAAUAAUAAUAAUAAUAUUAUUAUUAUUAUUUGCCCCUACCUGCAAUAUUUUCUAGCAAACGAUGUUGGCUCGAUUUCUCAAAAUGUAAACAAAUUAGUCAUUUAAACCACUGAGGAUUAAGCAGUUACUGAAGAUGGAUGAAUAAACGCCGUAAACGCGUCACGCAGCGCCACGUGAGCGCCGUAAACACUUCCGUGUUAAUGAAUGGAGGUUUUCUUCGUUUUCCCACACCCGCCCCCACGACGUUUUUGUUUUCCUGACGCGGUCUCUGGCUUGAGGCGGUUCUUUACAGACAAGAUUUCGAGCGUCCGUUACUUGUUAGCCAGCCCCGGUGCAAAACUAAAGAGGUGAAA